AUGUCAGUCAUGAGAAAUAUGUACAAGUUUUUCCAAAGAAAGGUUUCAGCAGGAAAUUCUAUCGUGGAGGACCUUAAGAACAAGCCUUGCAUUUUGGUUGAAGAGGGGACAAGAUUUGUGCAAAGCAAACAAGUGGUUCUUGAGCUGUACGAGAGCCUGGAGAUAUCACCAUUCCUUUAUCGGUUGCCCCCUGUGUUAGGGGAGUUUCAGAGUUUGUUUCGUCGAUUGGGCUGCACUGAUUCUGUUACAGCUUUACACUACUCCAUGGUCUUGGAAAUGUUACACGAGCACUGUCAGUCAAUGAAGUUGAAUCCAAAUCAUAUUAAGAGUUCUUUAAAAGCGGUCCGAGGACUUUUCGAAACGCUGGAGCCAAAUCCCCAGGAGAAAUCUGAGUUCCAAACCUUGUACCUACCUGCAGUGUAUCAGGUUAGCAGAUGCUCCUUUGACAACCUGCACAAGUCGACUGAUUUAAUAUUCGAUGACGCUCCGGAAUAUCAGAGUAGGCUUGAAAAGUUUGACCAACUAUUAGUAGUGGACCUUAAGAUGGCGGAGCUGCAGUGUUCUUCCUCUAUGAACUAUAAGGACUACAUCUUACGCCUUCCAGAAAUAGUACGACCGCAAUUUCUAUCUGAUGUCAUACAAGAAAGAUUAACUUCUUUCAAAGAAAAUGUUGACUCUAGUUCCACCGACAUCGUUGCUGAUUCCUUAAAAAAGCAAUUAUGUUCAAGACAUUUCUUUCAAGGAAUUUUGAGGUUAAUUCGUCACGCAAACCAUGCAAGUAAAUGUUUAGAUGAAACUACAACUGUUCGUCUAGAAAGCAGACUUCGAAGUAUUGAGUUUCUUGGACUGAACCAAAUUGUGACCCACCUGGUGUAUAAAGAAAAUAUCAUUCCUGGCAGUGAAGCAGAAGUACCACAUUUUUUGGAAAAAUUUUCAGAAAGUGGCAGAGAUGUUUGGAAGGUGUAUGUCAAUAGGAAGACAGAGGAGGGCGAUACUCAGAUAUCACUGACCUUAACGCAAGUGAUCGCAGAAGCGUGUGAGGGAUUGUUGCGAGAAACUGUUAUGUUUAUACCAGAGAUGUUGCGCACGAAACCCAACAAAAUUUGGUCAAUCCUGGACCACAUGAAAAUUCGGCAGGAUGACUCUUAUGAUCCAUCGCUAAGUGAUCUUUUACCUGACCCAGGUGACUUCAUCCCGAUUCAGGAUCAUCAUCUUCUGGACGAAGCAUUCCAAGAAUUCUCUCCCGGAGAAUAUGUUGGUUUCGAAUUGGAGGAUCCAAGUCUAGAAAAUCAGAAAGGAGAUGCCACGUUUAUCUAUGCCAUUAUAGUUGAAGACGUCAGUGGCGAUGAAGAUACAAGUAUCUACACAAAACGUUAUAAAGUAAAUGUCGGACACGACAAAGAACUGUUGGUUGCCGAGUCAGCAGAUUUGUACAAAUUUCAUCAAUUUCACCCUUCUGCUGCUAAUCAAAAAGGAAGCUCCACUCAGGAUGCAGACAGAGAAGAAAUUUUUCGAAAAAUCACAGAGGUGCUUAAAAUGGUAUGGCGUCUUCCUACGAGAAGAAAAAGAAAGAUUAUAAAGCGAUUGUUUCUUCAGUGGCAUCCCGAAAGAAACAUUGGAGAUGCCGAUCUCUGCAAGAAAGUCUUUCAGUACCUUCAGAAUGAAAUUGAAAAGUUAGAGAGGGAUGAUGAAGAGAGCGAUCAAGGGAGCUACAAGAGUUUUUACCAUGUCUGGACAACACGAGCCAAGCUGUAUCGUACACAGCGCCAAGAAUACAGAGCAAAGUUUGUUAAAACAUAUGGCUCCUGGGAAGCCUCGACGAGCCACAGUAGAAGUGGAUGGGUUCCACCAAGUUUCUGCAAGAAAAAUCCCCAACCAGGUGAGGCAAGACGCUGGUUCAGACAGGCCGAAGAGGAUCUAAAGGCUGCUCAAGAAGAUUUGCGUUUUGGCACCACAUUUUACGAGUGGGUGUGUUUCAAGUGUCACCAG